CACCGUCACGGUCGGCGCCUGUUCCUGGGUUCAUUCAUAGGUUUUGUUCAUUCACGGAGCUAGUGAGGCCUGGUUGAAAGCCAUGGAGAGCGCCAUGCCUGCCGCCUGCUUCCUGUACUGGGUGGGCGCGGCCACCGUGGCCUACCUGGCCCUGCGCAUCUCAUGGUCGCUCUUCACGGCCCUCCGGGUCUGGGGUUUGGGUCACGAGGCGGGGGUCGGACCGGGGCUCGGUGAAUGGGCAGUUGUCACAGGUGGUACUGAUGGAAUUGGAAAAUCAUAUGCAGAAGAGUUAGCAAAGCGUGGAAUGAAGAUUGUCCUUAUCAGCAGAUCUCAGGAUAAGCUGAACCAGGUUUCCAGUGAAAUAAGAGAAAAAUUCAAAGUGGAGACAAGGACCAUUGCUGUUGACUUUGCAUCAGGAGAUAUUUAUGAUAAAAUUGAAACAAGCUUGGCAGGGCUUAACAUUGGUGUUUUAGUGAACAACGUGGGAAUAUCAUAUGAGUAUCCUGAAUACUUUUUGGACCUUCCUGACCUGGACAAUACCAUCAAGAAACUGAUAAAUAUCAAUGUUCUUUCUGUUUGUAAGAUGACACGAUUGGUGCUGCCGGGCAUGGUGGAAAGAUCUAAAGGGGCGAUUCUGAACAUCUCCUCUGUCAGUGGCAUGUACCCAGUUCCAAUGUUGACCCUCUACUCUGCAACCAAGGCUUUUGUAGAUUUCUUCUCUCGGUGCCUCCAUGAGGAAUAUAGGAGCAAGGGCAUCUUUGUGCAGAGUGUUCUGCCAUACUUUGUUGCUACGAAACUGUCUAAAAUCCGAAAGCCAACUUUGGAUAAGCCCUCUUCAGAGACGUAUGUGAAGUCAGCCAUUAAAACAGUGGGUCUGCAGUCCCGAACCAACGGAUACCCCAUCCAUUCUCUCAUGGGCUCACUAAUCUCAACCCUGCCUUCUUCGAUCUAUAUGAAAAUGUCCAUGAAUUUAACCAAGUCUGUGCGGGCUCGCUAUCUGAAGAAAAACAAGAAGAACUAAGCAUUGAUUGAUAACGGCGUUGAGUAACUCGGCCAGACGCUCCAGCCUGUGCAACUUCACUGCAAGGCACCCACCCAUCUCCAAAAUCUUCAGCUGUCAUUGCAAUACUUACUAAUAAAGCUAAAUCUUAUCAUAAUUGGGAGGAAAACAGAAGCUGUUUUCAGGAGUCCUUGACAUAUAUUCUGGACUCCACCAGGAGUUAGUCUGAAGUGUAAUACAAAUGCUCAUAUCAAAUGGAUAUAGAACUAACAUUAGCAAUAACAGCAUAGUGGGAAGGAACACAAUUAUAGCAAAUCACAGAAGGAUAGAGUUAGACAUAAUAGUCAACAAUUUCAUCUGGCCCAGAAUGCCAAUGAUGAUUAUUCUUGUAUUUUCUCUGAAAUACACUUUAGAAAGUAAUGGCCAGCUAAUCUUUUUUGUUUUAACACUUUGAGGAAGUGAAGAUUAAUUGAUUCACUUAUGAUUAAUUGAUUCACUACAUUUUGCAUAGCUCUCUGUAAGAUUUUCUAAAAGGAUGUCCUGGCUUAUACAUUUAUAUGGAGCUUUUCUUUCCCAAAGGUAGCUAAUGAAGUAAAAGUAGUUAUUUUUGACACAUGAAGCCCACUAAAGUAUGCUUUCCUCUAAUACAUAUUUCUUCUCAGUUUAAAUGUAUGUAAGUUCUGAAAGCUAUAUGGUAUGAUUUAGGAAGGUAAAUAGGCCAAAAUGUACAUUGAGAUGGGCAGCCACCUCUGGUGCCACUGAAACUCUGACCCAGGAGAGUGGCCUGCCUGGACCCCAGCCUUCUUUGUUUCUGCAUGGCACCAGUACUGUCUAGGAGUAGAUAACAGGCUACUCCUAGAACAGUAGUGAUAUCAAAGACGUGGCAUCAUACUUGUAAAUCAGUCCCCUAUAGGUAUCGAUAUAAUUAGUUUUAAUCAGAGAGGAUAUAACCAUGGUGUUGAUUGAAAAUAUAUUUCUUUGGUGCUUGAAAUUAAGACCAUUUUUACACUUGGCUUAAUAUAAAUUAAGACUUACUUUUAUCCUGCUGCAUAACUUGUCUGGGGAAAUCGUCAAGAAAUAAUUUAAUAUUGUGAAACAGGCAACGCAGAAGGUAGGCCUUUACCUAGGCUAUUGUUCCUAGGCUCUGAGUUGUAAGCACCAGUAAAUUUGCAAAAAAAUUUUUAAUUGGGCUGUUUAAGUGUUUCUAGCUUUUAAUUUUGUCAGCUAAGGACAUAAAACAAAAACAGAAAGACUCAAAUUACCAUCUGCCAGUAGCAUCAUUAUGUAAAAGGAAAGGCAUUUAGCACCCAAAGUGUAGGAAGAACAUAAUCUCAGAAUAAGGAAUAGUCAUUUAAACUGAAUAAAUUUAGCUUUAUGAAAAACA